AUGAUUCAUAUUUUUAAUGUAUAUCAAUUGAAUAAUAAAAUUUUAUUUUCAUCAUUAAUUAUUACGACGUUAAUAACAUGGAAUAUAUUCUAUGUGAUUAUUCCUAAUACUACUUAUUGGAUAGAUCCAUUGAUGGUAGACACUUCCUUGGAAAACAAAAUUCACAUUGUCAUCAUAUUUGAUGGUGAUCAAGGUCUACAAUAUCUGAAUAGUCUUCUUAAAUCUAUUUUCUAUUAUCAAAAUGGAAGAUUUCGAUGUGAUUUAAAAGCUUGUUGUCUAUCAAACUUUUGCGAUCGUUUCAUCGAUGAUUGUCAUACUGUUAUGAACAGUGGGUCGACAACAUAUACAACUGUAUUUCAUUUCUUAAUAACGACGAUUUCAUCAAAUAGUCAGUUGUUGAAUUUGAUGAAUACAUGGAAAUUACAUAAUAUGGAAUAUCAUUUUUAUAGUUGUAGUGAUUAUUUGGUAAUUGUACUAGAUAUUGAUAUACUACUUAAUACAGAUAUUAUUGAAUUAUGGAAUCAUUUUGAGUAUUUUAAGGAAACUCAGUACAUUAUAAAUCUAGUACUAUUUGAAUUCAAUUACAUUCUACAUGAGAUUCCAUGUGAAUGGAAUAUUCAAUUGAGUGGAGGAAGUGAUGAACAACGAUGUCCUGUAAGUUGGUUAACUUAUAAUGAAUUAAAGAAACGUAAUUAUACGACAAAUUUCAAACAACCAAAACUUAUUCAUAUUAAUCAUCAUAUAAAACCAGAUGAUGUAAAAGUGAAUGAUACACCGACUGAGUACAUUGAUCAAUCUGAUAUCAUUCUUAAACGUCUACAAUAUCUGAAUAGUCUUCUUAAAUCUAUUUUCUAUUAUCAAAAUGGAAGAUUUCGAUGUGAUUUAAAAGCUUGUUGUCUAUCAAACUUUUGCGAUCGUUUCAUCGAUGAUUGUCAUACUGUAAUGAACAGUGGGUCGACAACAUAUACAACUGUAUUUCAUUUCUUAAUAACGACGAUUGCAUCAAAUAGUCAGUUGUUGAAUUUGAUGAAUACAUGGAAAUUACAUAAUAUGGAAUAUCAUUUUUAUAGUUGUAGUGAUUAUUUGGUAAUUGUACUAGAUAUUGAUAUACUACUUAAUACAGAUAUUAUUGAAUUAUGGAAUCAUUUUGAGUAUUUUGAGGAAACUCAGUACAUUAUAAAUCUAGUACUAUUUGAAUUCAAUUGCAUUCUACAUGAGAUUCCAUGUGAAUGGAAUAUUCAAUUGAGUGGAGGAAGUGAUGAACAACGAUGUCCUGUAAGUUGGUUAACUUAUAAUGAAUUAAAGAAACGUAAUUAUACGACAAAUUUUAAACAACCAAAACUUAUUCAUAUUAUUCAUCAUAUAAAACCAGAUGAUGUAAAAGUGAAUGAUACACCGACUGAGUACAUUGAUCAAUCUGAUAUCACUCUUAAACGUCUACAAUAUCUGAAUAGUCUUCUUAAAUCUAUUUUCUAUUAUCAAAAUGGAAGAUUUCGAUGUGAUUUAAAAGCUUGUUGUCUAUCAAACUUUUGCGAUCGUUUCAUCGAUGAUUGUCAUACUGUUAUGAACAGUGGGUCGACAACAUAUACAACUGUAUUUCAUUUCUUAAUAACGACGAUUUCAUCAAAUAGUCAGUUGUUGAAUUUGAUGAAUACAUGGAAAUUACAUGAUAUGGAAUAUCAUUUUUAUAGUUGUAGUGAUUAUUUGGUAAUUGUACUAGAUAUUGAUAUACUACUUAAUACAGAUAUUAUUGAAUUAUGGAAUCAUUUUGAGUAUUUUAAGGAAACUCAGGUUUGUUUUCUAAUCAUUAUUGUUCAUAUUAUUAUUGAUUGA